GCCGGUAGCUAGCGGCUAGCGGUUAGGGCCAAGGGCUUGAAACAAUGGUUCCAUUUGCGUACUUCACUAUUAUAGUCACCUCAAUCUUCAUCCUCAUCUCCUCCUUGCCGCCUCCUUCGGCCGCCGCACCGACCGGCCACCAGCGGCAGCCUCCGUUCAAGAAGAUCUACGCCUUCGGAGACUCCUUCACCGACACCGGCAACACCGGCUCGGCCACCGGCCCCUCCGGCUUCUCUCACGUCUCGAGCCUCCCCUACGGCUGCACCUUCUUCCACCGUCCCACCAACCGCUACUCCGACGGCCGCCUCGUCAUCGACUUCGUAGCGCAGUACCUCUCGCUGCCCUUCCUGCCGCCGUACCGCCGCCACAAGGCCGGCCCCGACUCCACGUCCCCGGGAGUCAACUUCGCCGUCGCAGGAUCCACCGCGAUCAAGCACAGCUUCUUCGUGAGAAACAACCUUACCCUCAACAUCACUCCACAGUCGCUCGGAACUCAGCUCGUCUGGUUCGACAAGUACAUGGAAGCUCAGGGAUAUUGCCGAGCUCCGAGAUCUAGGCAGUGCAGAGCAGCCAUGGAUGAGGCUUUGUUCUGGGUUGGUGAGAUUGGGGCCAAUGACUAUGCUUACACCGUUGGAUCCUCUGUGUCCAGAGACACCAUUCAGCGCCUUGCAAUCAAGAGUGUCACGGGCUUUCUCCAGGCAUUGUUGACAAAGGGUGCCAAGUACGUAGUCGUGCAAGGCUUGCCAACAACGGGCUGCUUGCCGCUGUCCCUGACACUAACUCCUGCCGACGACCGCGACGCCCUCGGCUGCGCCGCCACCGUAAACCGCCAAAGCUUCCGCCACAACCUGCUGCUCCAGUCCACGAUCCACCAACUAAGAACCCAAUUCCCCCAUUCAGUAAUCCUCUACGCCGAUUACUGGAACGCUUACCGCACAAUAAUGAAGAAUGCCGCCGCGUACGGCUUCCAGGAGCCCAUCAAGGCCUGCUGCGGCUCCGGGGGCGGGCCCUACAACUUCGAUAUCUUCGGCGCGUGCGGGUCCCCCCUGUCCAGCUCCUGCCCGGACCCUUCGAAAUACAUCAACUGGGAUGGAGUUCACCUCACUGAAGCAAUGUACAAGGCGGUUUCCGAGUUGUUCAUCAAUGGGACGUUCUCUCAUCCUCCGUUCAAAUACUUGCUGAGCAGGAAAGCCUCGGCAGGCGGGUUGUCCUGAUCGGGUUGGCUCAAGCUUUGUAUCCGUUAGACGGUGUGAAACAAUUAAAGAAGCAGUGUGGGCUUUGAAUCUUAGACAUGUUGCUAAGCCUAAGCACUAGUUUUCCAGGCUAGGAAGAGAUCAGUUCAUAUGGUAAUCAAAUACCACAACUAUUCAGAUUUAAGCCUAGAACCUAUUUCAAAGUAAUAAUUACCCUUAAUGUCACUAGAUCGAUUAUAUUAUAUGAAUUAUAUAGCUCGCCAAUUACCUAAAUAAUAGACAAUAAUUGAGUUGGGUUGGGUUGA